AGGCGGGAAAAAUCGCAUUCUGCUUUAGCUUCCGUAUUUUCUCGGCGUUUCUCUCACUUUCUCGGUAUCCAAUCGGGCAACCACAAGCAAAAUCGCAAGGGAAAUGUCGAAAUUUGAGUACCCCAUACUAUCGCGUGCGGACAUUAUUAUAAUCCUGAAGCAGUCACAGAUCGCCGAGGUGAAAGAGGGCGAUCUCAAGAACCCUAACCCGGACUUCGUUGCUGAUCUUUACACCCGCCUCCUCAUCCACCUCGAUGCUCUCCACGAGUAUGCUUCUCUCAUUCUUUCCGUGGAGUCUGCAAAAUCUGUUGAAAAAGAAUACAAGGGUUUAAAGGCUAAGUUGAGUGAUGGUGCAGUGCAAGAUAAGUCACUGGAACCAAAACUUGUUGAACGGCAAGGAAAAGUGGAACAGUUGGAUAAAUUAAGAAGCCAGUUAGAAAAAGAAAGAGAUCUCAAGUUUGAGGAAUCUACUAAGGAAUUCAAUAAUGUGAAGAUGGAGGUGGAAUCCAAAAGGCGUAAUCUAGAAGCCAGGCAAAAGAAGGUUGAAGAUGUAGUAGCAGAGGUAGAUGCCAUAACUUCCAAGAUGAAUAUGGUAAAAGAGUCAGGAGGAGUAAAAGUGCAAGAGUUGGUUGGAAGAUGUGAAGAGAUAGAUCAACAGGUCUGAUGCCAUUUGUUUCCACAUUAAUCCUUCUCUUUUAUUAUUAAAUUGAAAUAUGAGUU